AACAGGAAGCUGUUUACAGAUAACACUUGCAACUGUUUUGUCUGAUUUGUUGAACUGUCGAAAAGCAAAAGACAAGCUCUUCUCAAAUUAAAAACUGUCAGACUUCUGUAAACAGCAGCAAUGAGGUUCAUCUGUGCAGUGUCCCUGCAGGCACAGAGCAUCCUGCAGUUCCCGUUUUCUCAGCAACCAUAAGGAGUCAGUGACCUGUAAAUGCUCAUUAUGAAGAAAGAUCUGGUUUUCUUGGUGACUCUAAUUAGUCUUGCCUUCCUGUUGCUGCUAAGGUCUGGAUAUGCUCAACAUAUUGCAGAGGAGUCCUGUUCUGUUCAGAUUCUUGUUCCAGGCCUCAAAGGGGAGGCUGGAGUCAAGGGGGAGAAAGGUGCUCCAGGUCGUCCAGGCAGAGUUGGGCCUCCAGGAGAAAAAGGAGAAAUGGGAGACAAAGGACAGAAAGGCAGCAUGGGACGACAUGGAAAAAUUGGUCCUAUUGGUUCAAAAGGUGAAAAAGGAGAUAACGGUGACAUAGGACCACCAGGUCCUAAUGGCGACCCAGGCAUCCCCUGCGAGUGCAGCCAGCUAAGGAAGGCUAUUGGUGAAAUGGAUCUCCAAGUGGCCCAGAUGACGACGGAGCUCAAAUUUAUCAAAAAUGCUGUCGCUGGUGUGCGUGAGACAGAUAAUAAGAUCUACCUGCUGGUGAAGGAGGAGAAAAGGUACAAGGAAGCCCAACUCUACUGCCAUGGAAGAGGAGGAACGCUGAGCAUGCCCAAGGAUGAGACUGCUAACAACCUGAUUGCCUCAUACAUCAACCAAGCUGGGCUCACCAGGGUUUUCAUUGGGAUUAAUGACCUAGAGAAAGAAGGAAAUUUUGUCUAUUCUGACCGAUCGCCCAUGCAGACCUUCAACAAAUGGCGCAGUGGGGAGCCCAACAAUGCUUACGACGAGGAGGACUGUGUGGAGAUGGUAGCAUCUGGAGGCUGGAAUGAUGUUGCCUGUCAUAUUACCAUGUAUUUCGUGUGUGAAUUUGACAAAGAAAAUGUCUAAGCCUGCCUAGUCUAUCUUAAGAAAAGUUUCUUAGGCCAAUUUACACCAUGUCUGUAGAGUGCAAGUACAGGGCAGCAGAGUUGUACAGCUGUAAAUACAGUUUAGGUAUUUCAAAUAUCAGUAUUUACCCUUUAGAAGGGAAGAGCAGUGCUAAGAUACAGCUUGAGUUUUUCUAUUAGAAAAUAUUUGUACUUAGAUAAAAAUGUGAUUUGAGGCUAAAUUCUACCCUCAAAUGCACUUGCAUGACUCUAAGGAAAGGCAGGAUUUGGCCUCUAGUUGUUAGAAUUGUAAUUUCUGAAGAAGUAGUAGAUUCUUGAUAUUCUUUUAUCUUAGCAAAUUUUGUUAUUAGAAAUGUUAAUUACUUUUAGUGCUACAGGGGUAUUUCAACAGCAAGGCACAU